ACGGAUUGAGAGCGAAGUUGUUACCGAGAUGGGGCGCCUCCGCUGGCCCCCUUGGACUCUGUGCGCGACCUUUCUGCUGCUGGGCUGUCCUGGAAAGGUGGCAGGAUGGAUGUUCAUGGUGCUCCCAGAGGAGGGCAGGAGGGACUGAGUCGGAGAGGGAGAGCCGGUGAUUCCCAAGAAGGAGCUGCGAACUUUCUCUUCCCCUUUUCAGCUGCCCGCAGCCUGCCGGCUCGAGGUCUGCCCAGCAACCGUUUCCGUAAUCUGCACUCCAUUUUCCGAUUGGUGGAGUAUUUCCCCCUCGGCUAAUCCCGGCCCUUGCUCCGGAAUCUCCUGUGGGUGGGGCGGGAAGUGUUGACACACCUCUGCAAUAAACAGAUUGAGAGCGAAGUUGUUAGCGAGAUGGGGCGCCUCCGCUGGCCCCUUUGGACUCUGUGGGCGGCCUUUCUGUUGCUGGGCUGUCCUGGUUCUUCCUCUCACUACUUCCAUAAUUUUUACAUUGGGGUCUCGGAGCCUGGCCAGGGGCUGCCCCAGUUCAUUGCUGUGAGUUAUGUGGAUGACCAGCCCAUUACUCAUUAUGACAGCGAUACACAGAGGAAAGUGCCUGUCAUGCCCUGGAUGAGGAAGGUGGAGAAGGAUGAUGCCCAGUACUGGGACAGGGGCACUGAGGCCUUGCGUGGCUGGGAGCAGGCAUUUCAAGUAAACCUGGUGACUCUGGGGAAUCGUUACAACCAGAGCAACGGGUUUCACUCCCUGCAGGUGAUGUACGGCUGUGAGGUGGGCCCAGAGGGGCGCAAAGGAGGGUAUCUCCAGCACGGCUACGACGGGAGGGACUUCCUCAGCCUCGACAAGGAGACUCUCACCUGGACAGCGGCCGAUGCAGGGGCCCAAGUGACCAAGAGGAAGUGGGAGAGAGACAGGGCUUUUACCCAGUACACUAAGGCCUACCUGGAGGAGGAAUGCGUUGAGUGGCUGAAGAAAUACUUGGACUACGGGAAGGAGGCUCUGCAGAGGACAGAGCCACCAGUGGUGAAGGUGACACACCAGGUGGAUGCAGAUGACAUGGAGACCCUCUUCUGCCAAGCCCACGGCUUCUACCCCAAGGAGAUUGACGCCAACUGGAGGAAGGACGGGAAGGUCUGGGUGGAGGACACCUUCCGGGGAGUUGUUGCCCCCAACUCAGAUGGGACCUACCACGCCUUGCUUGGUGUCAAGAUCGACCCCAAGGACAGGGACCGCUACCGGUGCCAUGUGGAGCAUGACGGCCUAAAGAAGCCUCUGAAGGUGGCCUGGGAGGAGCCUGCAGCCAAGAUCGCACUCAUUCUUGGGUGCGUUCUGGGGGCCAUCGUGCUGAUAGCAUCUGGAAUUGCUGGGAUCAUGUUGUACAGAAAAUGGCAAGCAGGAUACAAAGAAGCGCCAACAAGUGACCGAGGGUCCGACAACUCCAGCCAGGGGAGCAACCCGGCUGUCUAGGAGCCCCAAAGCAGUAUGACCAACAAUGUCAGCACAGCUCAGACAGUAGAGCUCCCAGCGCAAGAGGCGAGAGAAGAUUCCAUAUUCUGAAACCUUCAGGAAUUUCUUCCGUCUGUCCCAUCCAGCUUGGCUGGAACCAGCAUGUACUGUGGAUCAUUUCUGAUUUCAAGAGAGCUUAGCUUGAUGUGAUUUGCUUUUUAGCAGGACUGCUGCCCCCAGGGCACAUUUGCACCUGAAGAAAUAAUUGUAGGACUUUCACCUGAUGAAAGAAAUCUUAAAUCAGUGUAGAUAUUGGGAGUUUAAAUCAGUUAAUUGAUCAACUGUGCAUAGAGCUCCGUAAGAGAGAGCUCUUAAGAAAAGAAAUACUAUAUACUUAAGGGGGUGCUUUGGGGGGUUUUGCAACUACUUUUAGUAAAAUAGUUAAUAUAUUAAACAUGGAUAUAUAAUUUAAUGCUGAAUUAAUUAGGCCACAUUUUUUGUAAACUAACAUUUUUUAAAUGGACAAUUCAGUUUAGCAUGGUAGCUGUAAAACAUUCAGAAUUAUGCUUCUAGAGAUAUCAGUUAAUUUAAUGAAAUUGGGCAGAAAAGCAGCCGCCCACAGUGGCCAUUUCCUCAUGACCAUCCCUGCUUUUUGGAUAAUUCUGUUGGAUGAUUUUGUUCCCGUGUUGUUAAUAGUUUAACUGCUUCCAGUAGGCUUCUGCUUGGUGAGAGCAAAAUGCUGGACUAGGCGUGCCUUUCGCCUGAUCCAGCAGAGCUGCUCUUGGGUUUUGAAAAAGCUGUUUGCUGGUUAGACUUCAUCUCUGCAGGUAUCUAAUCCCUCUCUUUAGUGACGUAACAAGGUAAUAUAUUUUAUACUUUGCUUUAUAAUAUCACAUGUAAUAAAUGCUUUCUUUUAAAUUCUGAUAAA